GUAGGUCUCCACUCUCGCUUCCCAGCUCUCAGACGGUUCUUGGAGCACUGGCAAAGUCAAGUGAAAAUGAGACGCCACUUCCUCUGUAUACUAGGAGGAAAGUCAACAAUGGCCUCUCCAAGGAAGGUAACUGAGAAGAGGCAUAACCCAGUGGAAAGCAUUUGUAGAAAGAUCAGAGCCAUUCACAAGAGAGAAGCAAUUUCAGAUCCAAUUCAGCAGAUUAUCAAAUACCAAUCUAGCAGUUUUGAUAGCCCACAGACCAACACCAAGAAAGAUUUUGAAGAGGUACUGAGGAAAAUGACUGCUGCUUGUGUUCCUACGCCCGACUGUCAUUGGUCAAGUUCUGAGGAAGUCGAUGCCUUCAUUUCAUCGCCUCAAAUAAUAUCUCCAAGAACCCCAUCCACCGCUCACCUCAGCUCCCCUGAGACUGCUACAUACUCUUUUAUUCUCACAAAUUCUGAAAACGUCUCAAAGCCGAAGUCACAGAGCAACAAGAAUUAUACAUCUUUGAUGUCACAGAUCAGAAAAGCAGAGUUUUUCUCCAACAAGGAUUUUAAUAACUAUUGUAGUGAAAAUAAUUUUAGUACCUUAACACUUGACUUUGAUUCCACCUUUGUUCAAAGCUUGAAGUAUUUUGAUCCUCAGGAUUCAGUGGUAAAAAAAUUAUCUCUGAAUGAAGAUGGAUGGAAACAAGAAGCUGAUGAUGGUAAAGAAGAUGCAACAUACAGCAUCAACAGGGCCUGUGAAGAAGAGGCACUCACAAGUAUUUUUAAUGCAUGUGACGUAAAACAGAAAGAACUGAUCUGCUCUUCUUUUUCCAAAGGCUCAGUAGGAGUGGCCAAAAUAAUCGAUUUCCUGAGACAAACAACUAGCCAAAAUUCUGAAGACAGUGGCCUUGAGCAGUUGUGGAACAUGCUUGAUCCUGAGAAGAGAGACCCACAUGUGGACCUGGAAACUUUCCAGGCCAUGAUGAAAGAAUGGAUGGCUUACUGUGGAAACAAAUGGGAAGGAGUGAAUCAUAGAUUAAGCAGCACCACUGAUGAUUCUGUUUUUGAACAGGAUGGCAUAAAAUCAGAUAGAACAUUGAAGAUGAGCACAGAUAUAACAGAUUCCACGUCAGGGAGCUUCGAGGCCUUGGGAGGAGAAGCAUCUAAAGGAGUCUUAGUGGUGUCUGAUUUGAUUGCCUACGUAGCAGACCUUCAUUUCAACAAACGAAAACUUGAAGAAGAAAAUAAUAAGUUGAAGUUGGCUUUAGAAACCCUGGAAGAAACUAACAGCCAGUUAUCAGAGGACUGUACCAAAUUGCGCCUUCAGGUAAAAAGUGCCCACCAGGCUAUUAUGAGAACAAAGCUGUUAAAAGAAGAACUGGAGGAACUGAAACUUAGUAUGAAUGCUUCAGAAGAGCAGAAGAGCAUGAUUGUAGCCCAGAGCAAACAAUUAGAGACAGAAAACCGGGCUCUGAUUCUUAAGAUUCGGAUUCUACAGGAAGAGAAUAUCAAGAACAUCAUGGAUAUAGACAGACUAGAAAAGAAGAUUGAAGACUUGUCUAAAACUGAGACAGAACACCAAAUGCAGUUACACACAUAUGAGAACACUUUGCUUAAUAAAGAUACAAGUUUGCAGAAGAAAGGCUUAUAUAUAGAAGAACUUAAAUCAACCAUCAUAGAAUAUGGAAGCAUUAUAGAGAAUUUACGAGGGGAAAAAAAUAAACUGGCUGAUGAGUUACAGCACUUGCAACAGGAACUCAUCACAAAUGGGAUCCAGUUGAAUGUUAAUGGAGAGUGUUACAGUAUCAUCUCUGAAGGAGAGAAGUCUUUACAUUACGAACUCGCUCUUGCUCAGUCUGCAGAGAACACUGAAACUGAAAGGCAGCACAGUGUAAUCAACUUGUCAUCUCUGGACGCCAUGAUGGAUCAGGAAAUGCUGCUGUUACCAAGACAGCCUGAGCAGAAGGCAGUGGAAUUCACAGCCACGCUUCAGAAGCUGCACGAAGAAAUUUCUAAAAUUGCAACCCUCAUUGAAAACUCUCGACGGUGGGUAACUAAUCCAGAAAUUACUGUGAAAGAAAAGUGGGAGGAGCAGCUUACUGAAUUCAACAAUAUCAUGGAAGAGAAGCUAGAUCUUUGCAUAUUAAUGCUGAACAUCUUGGGAAACCACAAAGAAUCUCUUGAUAAAGAAUUUGCCAAAUUAAUAGCGAUUUUGAAGAGAUUCAGGCAGGAAUAUUUUUAUUUCAGAAAAGAAUUUCUUACCAGUCAGAAACAACUAGAAGCCAUUAAACAACUACAGGAAGAUGCUGCCAACCAGGAAGGCAUCCUUAGGAAGAGGCUCCAAGAAACCAGCCAACAGCUGGAGGAUGCACAGGAGCAGGGUAAGGAUCGAGAUCAAGAAGCCCACUCUGCCAGUGAAAAAGCUACGUCUUUACUGCAUAAAUUAGAGGAAGCAAUUUCGGAACAACGGAACCUUCAAACUAUAAAUACUGAAUUAUCGAACACUUGCCAGGCACUUCAGCAGAAGACAAGGAAACUGAAGACAACAAUUGAGUCACUUCAAAAGAAGUUAAUUGAAGGGGAACACCGUGGCUUGCUGUUUCAGAGCUUUUUAGAUGAGGAAUAUCCUCACUAUGAUUCCCUGUCCUGCACAGAAGCAAUUCAACAACCUCUUCAAGAAAAAUUGAAGCAGUGUUGCCACAAACUAUAUGGUGGUCAAGAAGCAAGAAUACAUCAGACACCCCUGACCUUGAAACAUACGUGCUGGUACACACCUCUGCUGGAUGCCUUAUCUCUGGAUAGUUUUACAGCAGUUCCAACCCUGGAAUCAACACCUUUCUCAGGUGUAGCCAACCAAAUCCACACUCUGUGUGAAAGGCCCACAUAUGGAGAAGUAAAGGAUUGUGCUUUGGAUGUAACAAGACAAUACAAGUGCCCAGGCCCCACAAGUGGCCCCAACCCAGGAACAAAUCUCUCAGGCUGCAUCAGGAUGAAUGAUGACCCAAGUAUGGAAGAGAAUGGUGUUGAACGCGUGUGUUCUGAGAGCCUGCUGCAGUCCAGGGAAUAUUCCUCACUACCAUUACCCAGGCACACUUCAUCGACAGACAAUACUAUAACUUCAAGUGAUCCUGGAUUAGAAAUUCUGAAUAUGGCUUCUUGUGACCUUGACAGUAACUCGCUCUGUAAGAAAGAGGAGGAUACGGGAUCAGCUUCUCCCAUGAUAGAGGCCCAAGGCACAAGUCCAGCUCAUGAUAAUAUUGCAUUCCAAGACUCUCCAAGUAAGGAUAAAACCAUAUUAAAUCUGGAAGCCAAAGAGGAACCAGAAACAAUAGAAGAACAUAAAAAAGAACAUUCUUCAGGAGACUCUGUGGUUUCCCCUCUUCCUGUAACCACUGUGAAAUCGGUUAACUUUAGACAAAGUGAGAACACUUCUGCUAAUGAGAAGGAGGUGGAGGCAGAAUUUCUCAGAUUAUCUUUGGGAUUUAAGUGUGACUGGUUUACCUUGGAGAAGAGAGUGAAGCUUGAAGAGAGGUCCCGUGACUUGGCAGAAGAAAAUUUGAAGAAAGAAAUCACUAACUGUUUAAAACUAUUAGAGUCUUUAACACCUCUGUGUGAAGAUGACAACCAGGCACAGGAAAUCAUUAACAAGCUGGAGAAGAGUAUAAAGUUUCUUAGCCAGUGCACAACACGAGUGGCCAGUAGGGCUGAGAUGUUGGGAGCCAUCAAUCAGGAAAGCCGGGUCAGUAAAGCAGUUGAAGUGAUGAUUCAGCAUGUAGAAAACUUGAAGAGGAUGUAUGCCAAAGAGCAUGCUGAAUUAGAAGAACUGAAACAGGUUCUUCUGCAGAAUGAAAGGUCUUUCAAUCCUCUUGAAGAUGACGAUGACUGCCAAAUUAAAAAACGUUCAGCUUCUCUAAACUCCAAGCCAUCUUCUCUUCGAAGAGUGACUAUUGCCUCUUUACCCAGAAAUAUUGGAAAUGCAGGAAUGGUGGCUGGGAUGGAAAAUAAUGAUCGAUUCAGUAGGAGGUCAAGCAGUUGGCGUAUUUUGGGGUCAAAGCAGAGUGAACACCGUCCCUCAUUACCUCGAUUUAUUAGCACCUAUUCCUGGGCAGAUGCUGAAGAAGAAAAAUGUGAACUAAAAACUAAAGAUGACUCAGAGCCACCCGGAGAAGAAAUAGUAGAAAGGACAAGGAAGCCAAGUCUUUCUGAAAAGAAAAAUAAUCCAUCAAAGUGGGAUGUCUCUUCAGUUUAUGACACAAUAGCUUCCUGGGCAACAAAUCUCAAGUCCUCCAUCAGAAAGGCUAAUAAGGCCCUCUGGCUCUCUAUUGCAUUCAUUGUACUGUUUGCAGCUUUGAUGAGCUUCCUCACAGGCCGAUUAUUCCAGAAGUCUGUGGAUGCCGCUCCCACACAGGAAGAGGACUCAUGGACGUCUCUAGAACAUAUCUUGUGGCCAUUUGCCAGACUCCGACACAAUGGGCCACCACCAGUGUGAUAGCAGGACAUCCUAAUAUAUGGAUCUUGAUUUUUAAGUUUCAGUAUCUGAACUUCGUAAAUUAGUAACUUUUAGCUGGGAAAGUAUGCAUGAAACCAGAGGUUCUCAGAAUGACUGGAAGAUAUCUUACAUGUCCUCUUUUUGCCUUUAUCUCCCCAACUAAAAUACAAUGGGGAAGUCUGCCUAUGAGCUUUUUAAGGAAGAAAUAUUAUAUAUUGUUUGUUAAAGUUUAUUGAAAUAAAGAAUCAUUUAAAUCUUCA